GAUCCUUUCAUAGCAUUUCAUCUUGAUAAGGCACUAGUGAGAAAGUACAUGAGCCCACUCUUAAUCGGGGAACUGGCACCAGAUCAACCCAGCUUUGAGCCCAGCAAGAAUAAAAAGCUGGUAGAAGAUUUCCGUGAACUCCGUGCAACCGUCGAGAAGAUGGGACUUCUCAACCCCAACCGCACCUUUUUCAUCCUGUACCUCUGUCACAUCUUGGUGUUGGAUGUUGCAGCCUGGCUCACCAUCUGGUAUUUUGGAGCAUCCACAGUGCCUUUCCUCGUCUCUGCAGUGCUUCUAGGCACUGUCCAGGCCCAGGCUGGCUGGCUCCAGCAUGAUUUUGGACACCUUUCAGUCUUCAGCAAGUCCAGAUGGAACCACUGGGUGCACAAGUUCGUGAUUGGCCAUCUGAAGGGAGCACCAGCCAGCUGGUGGAAUCACCUCCACUUCCAACAUCAUGCUAAACCCAACUGCUUCCGAAAGGACCCCGACGUUAACAUGCACCCCUUAUUUUUUGCUUUGGGAAAAACACUCCCUGUAGAGCUUGGUGCACAAAAGAAGAAAUUCAUGCCUUACAACCACCAGCACAAGUACUUCUUCAUCAUUGGUCCCCCAGCUCUGGUGCCUCUUUACUUCCAGUGGUACAUAUUCUACUUCGUGGUACAGCGGAAACAGUGGGUGGACCUGGCCUGGAUGCUGACCUUCUACAUCCGAUUCUUUCUCACCUACUUGCCCUUAAUGGGGGUGAAGGGUAUCCUGGGGCUUCAUCUGUUAGUCAGGUUUAUAGAGAGUAACUGGUUUGUCUGGAUUACACAAAUGAAUCAUAUCCCGAUGCACAUCGAUUAUGAUAAGAAUGUGGACUGGUUCUCUACCCAGCUCCAGGCAACCUGUAAUGUUCAUCAGUCUUUAUUCAAUGACUGGUUUAGCGGACAUCUGAACUUCCAAAUCGAGCACCACCUUUUUCCUACAAUGCCUCGACACAACUACUGGAAGGUGGCCCCUUUGGUGAAGUCCCUGUGUGCCAAACACGGUAUUGAGUACCAGUGCAAGCCAUUGCUCACCGCCUUUGCGGACAUAGUGCACUCUUUGAAAGAUUCAGGGGAGCUCUGGCUUGAUGCCUAUCUACAUAAAUAAGCAGCAGCGGAUCCUUACAGAGGAAUUUCCCACCCUUGUUGCCUCCUGUAGUGGUCACCAUGAAGAUACUGCACUGAGGAGAGCGAGCUGGCUAAGCCAGAGGUGGGGAGGUGGCGUGGCGUAAUUCCAUCGAUGAAUGUGAUUAAUACGAUUUUGUAAAAGAUGUGUUCUC